CAUCCUCCAUCCUUCAUCUCGUCUCUCUCUCUCUCUCUCUCUCUCUCUCUCUCUCCCCCUUCUCCGAAAAGGUCUUCGUUUCUCUUCUUUUUGUUCCAGUGUCUCAGCCCUACUCCAGCCCACGCCAUACCUCCAUACCCUCAUAUCUUCACGCCCUCACACCCCUUCUUUCUUUUUUGGGUUGUUCCUCCGACAACCUUUCCUCCCGUUCUUCCCUCCACUUCUCUCUCUCCUCUCUCCUUCCCCCUCCCCUUUUCUUAUCACUUUGCCACUGAGCCGACGAUAAAAACGUGCUUCUUCCUGCUGGCCCCCCUUCGUUAAUUCGCCUCUAGCACCAUUUCCUUUAACGGCUAACCCAUUGAGACAGACAGCCAAGGGAUUUUCAUAGAAGAUCGACACUAAGGAGGAAAAGGCAAGCAAAGUCCAGUCUCCACAAUGGUCGCCAUCACCCGCAACCUCGCCCUGGGGCUCGUCCUCUCCCUCUCACUCUCUUCCAGCCUCUUCCUCGCCUCGGACGCCCAAGGCUCAACAACAUCAACUGCCAUUGGAACGUCCAAACCCACUUCCACGGCAACAACGACAGGGGGAGCAGCCAAUCCAGCCCCUACUUCAACAAUCAAUGCACCAAGUGCCUUCCUCGGCGUCGCUUCUGCCUCCAACAAGAACUUCAUCUUCUAUGAGGGAGGUCAGCUCAAUUCCGGUACAAUUCAGUACACGAGCGAGCUGUACUCACUCGACUUGACAAAGUCCUGGCCUAUUUCGAGCCCCGCCUGGACCGACCUGUCUACCCCAUCCAGCGGUGUGAAAGGACCUGCAGUCUCAGGCCACUCUGCAACCAUGUCCAAGGACGGCACGACUUUGCUCGUCACAGCUCCAUCUGGAAAUAACUCGCCUUUCCUCUACGAGUACAACAUUGCCGCAAAAACUUGGUCGACAGUCAAUGCUCCUGCUGCGUAAGUCAUCAUAACAAAGUUGCGGUGUGGCGAUGCAAGCAUGCCUGAAUUCCUGUCUAUUGUAGCGAUCAACAGCAUCGCGGCGUGACUUUUGGUGGGCGGAGGAGAGAGCAUAAGAGGAGUGAGAAUCAAGAUUUGUAUACAUCAUUGUGCAAAAUCCAUCCAUUGAAUUCACCGCAAGAGGAAGAAAAAAGAAAACGAUCGAAAGACACAUCUUCUUG